AUAAUUUUUGCGUGACAGUUGUGUGACAGAUUAUCAUGUUGAUAUCUUGUUUUCUUUUUACUUUUAUAUCUCAUUUUUAGUUAUAUUUAAAUACGUAAGAGCAACAGUAAAUGGAUAGAUGCAAAUAGGGUCUAUUUGUUCACAUGAUGGGAAAUGAAAGUUCGCAGUUAAAUGGGUUAGAAAUCGAGGAAAAGGCAGUGGAAGUGACGGAUUUUUGGUCCCAAUAUCAAGCCACGAUUAAAGACAGUUGUAGAUAUUUUAGUUUGAAAAGUGAUGGAUCAGUAUCAGUUUUUAAAGGAGAAGCAGCAUUAGGUCCACUCUGGGCAGUUUCAACGCCUUUGGAAAAAUUUUCCAAUAAUCUAUUAAAAUAUCGGCAUCCAUGUAUUGUUCGGUACAUAUCAGCAUGGCAGCAGCGUUCUACUCUUCACUUAGCUACUGAAUAUGUCCAACCUUUGUCCCAAGUUUUGAUUACACAGACACCUCUUCAAAUUUGCAUUGGUCUCAACAAUAUUUUAAGAGCUUUGGUGUUUUUACAUAAUCAGGCUGGUAUGUCACACAAUAACAUAAGUGUAUCUGCAGUUUAUGUUACUGGAGAUGGACAGUGGAAACUUGGUGGACUACAGUACCUUUGUUCAUUUUCUGAACUUACUCCUGCAUACUUGAAACAUGCACGAAUCCAUAGAUAUGAUAAAGCAGUAGAUCCAAAUGAAGAUUCCUAUACAUUAACUACAAAGGUAGACCAAUAUGGCUUUGCUGUUCUUGUUGAAGAUGUUUACCGUAAUCAUAAAAAUGAUGAUGUUCCACAUUUAAGAGAAUUCAAAAAAUAUUGUAGAGACUAUUUACAACAUGAUGACCCAGUACAAAGACCAGACUUGUCAGCCGUACUUCAACACAACUUCUUUAACCAUGAAUUUAUAUCAAUUUACAAAUUUUUGAACUUCUUACCGCUUAAAACUGAAGAAGAAAAAUGCCAAGUAUUCACGAACAUUUUGGACAACCUAAAAUGUUAUGAUGAAGAAACUGUGGCUAAACAGCUUGGUGGAUUAUUACUCUCCAGACUGACUAUGUUAGACCAGACAGCCCGAAAAGAUGUAAUACCCUUCAUUCUUAAACCUAAAAAUGAAAGAUCACAAAAUGGGGAACAUACAGGUUUCUUCAGUUUGAGUAUAUUUAAAGAACAUGUCAAACCAAGAUUAAUGCAAUUAUUUGGAGUUAGGGAUAGUCAAAUCAGAACUUUAUUAUUAACACACUUUUCAAAAUUUGUUCAUGUAUUUUCUCAUGAAGAAUUAUCCCAGCAUAUUUUACCAGAGUUGCUGUUGGGCAUCAAAGAUACAGAUGACAAUUUAGUAGCAGCAACUCUAAUAUGUUUAAGUGAAUUAGUACCAAUAUUAGGAGGUGAUACAGUAAUUGGUGGAAAAAGGUCAAAAUUUUUCACGGAUGGAAGACCUAAUUCUAAAUCUGCCUCAGAAAGUGUACAUGAUCAAAAAUUAUUUUCGACAAAAUCCUUAAGAGACCUCCCAUGUUCUGAAGAUAUAUAUAACCAUGAAGAGAUAGAAGUAAGAUAUGAAAAAAUAUUAACAAUGAAUGAACGACCAUCACCUGUAGGUGGAGAAUCCGUUGAAGAUGCAAUAACAGAAACGACGACAAAUAAAGCUGAUAGUGAAGACGAUUGGAGUGAUUGGGAUAACAAAAAUCGUAAACUUACUAUAGUUGAAUCUGUUGAAAUUAUUAAUGAUGACAGUAAUGAUAAACAGAACAAUCAUGAACAUAUGUUGCCUUGUUCUAAUCUUUCAAAAAUACCAACAACAAAUGCUGCAAGUAAAACACUUUUGCAAAAAGCUGCAAUGGAAGCAAAAAAAAAUAUUUUAGACAUAUCAGAGCUGGAUAUCAAGAGUCAGAAGAUAGAUUAUUCAAAGAAAGGUUCAGAUGACUUUGAUUUUUUUGCUGAUAUGAAACCUAUAAUAGAAAAACCGACAAUUGUCACAAUUGCUCAACCCAAUAUGGCCGAUUUAAGUAGUAAAUUAAACUUUAUUCCAAAUGAUAAUCAUGAUGAUGAUGAGAACGAAGGUUGGGGCGAUACUUGGAAUGAUUAACUAUAUUAACAGGGUUUGCACUUGUCUAUUGUUGAAAUUAAAACGAUUAUUUUAGAGAGUAUUUAUUUAAUAUGCACAGAAUGCUACGUAGUUUGCUCCAGUGCAUAGAAAUGUAUAUAAGUUGUACAAUGUAAAUAAAUUUAAUAAAUAAUGAAAUUGCAAUGUGAAAACAGGGAUUAAAUUCCCAUUAGUGACACAGUGUUCUUGUAACAGUAAUAACAAUGUGUCUCAUUACCAAUAUUAUAUAAUAAUUAUUAAAAAUUAUGUAGGCUGAGAUUAAGUUUAUUCAAAACUUCGUUUUAUUAUACCUUAAACAUUAUUUAAAAGGAAAUAAUAGAAUUUGUAUGAGAUGAUGUCUAUAGAAACAGUUUUCAAUUAAAUAAUGUGCAAUCACUGAUCGAAUAUUGUGAUUAUCACAAAGCGGUGCAACGCCGAAAAUAAAUUAUAUUCCAACAAAAUGAUAUUUGAGUAGUUGAGUAAUGAAAACUUAAGAUAGUUUCAUUAAAAAAAUGCUCUUUUUUUCUGUUAACCGCUUAAUGAACACCUCCGUGACAUAUACGGGCAAUGUUUACCGGCAGAAUUGUGCAGCUCCGUAAACGUCACGGACACUGUAAUUUUAUAUGUCUUAAAAUAUUACAGCUCCGUUAGCAUACUAAGAUUAAUAUGUAUAGAUGACUUUAAAUUUGUCUCAAUAAUGGCAAUUAGGCCUACAGAUUUAAAUAUUUAUUAAUUUCAGUUCACAAACAUAAUUACCUAUUGUACAUUAAUAUAACUUAACAAAAUUGCUAGUUAUCUUAAACUAGUAACUGGUAUGAUACAUAUACGAGUUCUAUAUUGUUCAGGAGUAUUAAAAUUAAUAAAUAUUUAGAUCUGUUAAUUCUGAAAGACACACUCUUUGAAAUAUUGGAUUUUAUUUAAAAGCUAUUAUUGUAAAUGUAGAAAUACUAAUAUUUACUACCAAAUACUUGCAAAAUUAUUGGAUGACAUUUUGAAAUUCUGUUACAAACAUGCUCACAACCGCACAAUACAAGACACUUAUGUAUAUUGUAAUCUUUAACAACACAGCCCAAAAUUAUAAGUAAAUUGCAUGCUUGUCUCUAUUAAUUGGCUUUGCCAAUAAACAUAUUAAUUACAUUAUUUGUAAAAUACUGCUACAUAUGUCCUUAUAAUGUACUUAAGUACUACUCAAUUAUCUAGAAGUAGUGACUAUUCAUUAGAGCUGAAGUGUUGUCUAAUAUUUACAAAAAUGCAAUAAUAGAAUUAACUAAAGUUAUUUAUUAUUUAUUUAAUCCUAUAUUUUAUUGUUUGUGGAAACAUGGGAAAUUCAGAUACAGCAAUGAGAUCAAUUUUGAAGUACCAUUUCCUAAACUUAUCUCUAAAAUUACAAUUUUUAUCUAUAUUAUAAAUGUGAAAGUACGUUUGUUUUUUAUCUCUUAGCACCUUAACAGCUUAACCAAUCAUUAAGUGAAAUUUGGUAUACACAUACCCACCCCCUUAUUCAUAUAAACUAAAAUAUUCUACAAACCUAUUUUAACUAUUACACUAUUUUGUUACUUUCUUUCAUACUUUGAAUUUUGUGUAACAGAAAGAGACAGAACAAUUCAAUAGCUAAAAUAGGUUUGUGAGAGAUUUGAUGUUUUAAUGAAUAAAGAGAUACUAUAUGGAAUGUUAAGUGGCACUUCAUAGUAAUUCUACUUGUUGGUCUUAGCUGAGAUCAAAGUUUCUAAUUAUAAUGACCACUUAUUUAAUACUAAUAAAUAACAUAAUCUAUAAAUAAUGAAAAAUUAAAUCACAGGUACACUUGACUAGAAUCAGUUAUAUAAUACUGAACAGAGAAUAGAUACUACAUAUAGAUACAUAAUAAUCAUCAUCAUAAUGAUAGCUACAUAAUAUUUUUCAUCUAAUAUGUUACAGUUCAUAUAAUAUUGAAAAAUAAAUUUCAUAUUUCAUAUUCUAUAGCCAAAAAACUUGAACAAAACAAUAAACUAUGAAGCUUGCACAAUAAAUUUAGUAUGUAAAAUUGUAACAGUAGAAGUAGUAUGGUAUUCACAUUCAAAUUAUUGGCCAGUAUCUGUUAAACUAUACCUUAAUUUUUUAUUAUAUUAUUAAGUAAAAAAAAUUACUUCAAUAAUUGUGUAACCAUAAUUUUAUACCACAAUUUUGCUUUGUACUACCAAAUCCUUUGAGCUCUCAUUAAAAACUUCCAUCAUUUGUUCACGUGCUAGCUCAGACAGUGCUUCUAAGUCAUUACGAGUCAUUCCUUUGGUGGGUAUUGGAGGUAAAGUUGUAAUAACUACUUUUCCUGUAAAUAGUUUUAUCUGAUUAGAACCAUAACUUCUAGAAUUGGAUGUUAAUAAAUUCUCUGAUUAGUA